GAAGCUGGGAAGUUGUACGAUUGAAGUAAAUAUUCAUAUACGAUUUAGAGAAUGGCUAAAGCACCAAAGAAGAAGUUCAGUACUGCUCCUAAUCCUACUGGUGCAGGCACUGUGUCUGCCGAAAAGCAUUUGAACUCGGUCUUCAAGUUCAAUACUGAUUUGGGUCAACAUAUUUUGAAAAAUCCAUUAGUUGCACAAGGGAUUGUUGAUAAGGCCGCUAUUAAGCCAAGUGACACAGUUUUGGAAGUUGGUCCUGGUACUGGUAACUUGACUGUCAGAAUUUUGGAGCAGGCCAGAAGAGUGAUUGCUUCUGAAAUGGAUCCAAGAAUGGCAGCCGAAUUAACUAAAAGAGUUCAUGGUACUCCAAAUCAAAAAAAGUUGGAAAUUUUACUAGGAGAUUUCAUGAAGACUGAAUUGCCAUAUUUUGACGUUUGUAUUUCAAAUACUCCAUAUCAAAUUUCGUCUCCACUUGUUUUCAAAUUAUUGAAUCAACCAAGACCUCCUCGUGUUUCAAUUCUUAUGUUUCAAAGAGAGUUUGCUCUUAGAUUAUUAGCAAGGCCUGGUGACUCCUUAUAUUGUAGGUUAUCGGCAAAUGUUCAAAUGUGGGCAAACGUCACUCAUAUCAUGAAAGUUGGUAAAAAUAAUUUCCGUCCACCACCACAGGUUGAAUCUUCGGUGGUAAGAAUCGAAAUUAAACAACCAAGACCAAAUAUCGAUUUCAAUGAAUGGGAUGGUUUAUUAAGAAUAGUGUUUGUUAGGAAAAACAAAACCAUUGCUGCUGGUUUCAAAUCAAACAAUGUCAUUGAUAUCUUGGAAAAAAAUUAUAAAACUUAUUUAGCCACUACGAAUGCCAUGAACAAUGAUGACCUGAUGAUGGUUGAUGAUAAAUCUUCCAUGACUGAUGUCGUGAAACAAAAAAUCGAUUUCGUUCUUAAAGAAACUGGCUUCUCUGAUCAAAGAGCUGCUAAAUUGGAUCAAACUGAUUUUUUGAAAUUAUUAUACGCCUUUCAUCAAGUUGGUAUUCACUUUGCAUAAUUCAAUAUCUUCCAUCGUUUAUGAUUAUUUAUUUCUUUUUGAUGCUUUCUUCAAUAUGAAUUCAG